AUGUCCACGAUCAGCAUCCCUUCGCGUCUGCAGAACGGCUGUUUUGUGGACGAGCCCAUAGAGCCUCUCACCCCCUUCUCUCCCGACCUCCCACCCCACGACCCGACCGCACCGACCGCACCGCCCGCAACGACCGACCCGCGCCAGCCGCGCCGUGCGAGCGUAGCUGUUGAGCACGACGCGCACGGCGUCGCGCGCUACACCCGCGGGCGCAUGUUCAACAACACACGGCGGCGGGCCGGGGAGUACGCGAAGCUCCGGGGCGGCGCGAAGGUGGAGGAGGAGGCGGGGCUCGCGCUCCUCCGCCCGUCCUCCGCGUCGCCGAAGAAGGGGAAGGGGCGGGGCAAGGGAAAGGGAAAGGGCCGCAAGAUGCUCGCGACAGCGCUCAACUUCGUCCGGGGCGGCUCGAGCGAGUCGCGCACGGACGAAGACGAAGACGGGCGCAGGCGGCGGCAGGUGUACGCGUGGUGGAGCAAGGACGGGUCGGGCGCGGACGGGUGCGCGACGCUGCCCGGGCUCGUCCCCGUACCCUGCCCGGACCGCGCGGGCGCGGACGCGGACGCGGAGAUGCGCGGCGGGGUGGGGGCGGACCCGUUUGGAGACGAGCACAUGCUCUGCGACGACCCCGAUGGCGAAUUCGAGGACGAGGACGCGGCGAUGGACGACUCCUACUCGGACGAGGAAGAGGAGGAGAUGGACGUCACCGUCGACGACAAUGGACACGCAGUCCCCGCACCUGCACCUGCGCUCCCCACACGUCACCUCGGCUGGGCCCUCGGGCUGCCCCCGCGGACUCCACGGCCGUCGCGCCGCCGCACAUCUGGGAGCUCGCCGAAGACGCCGCGGUCGAGCACGCGGUCGCGCAAGACGCGCACGCCGGGGUCCGCGAAGAGCUGGGAGUCGGCGGCCGGGGGCGCGCGGAGCCUGAGCGUGUCGCUGCGGGCGGCGGCGAAGCGGCGGUCGACGCGGAGGCGGGCGGAGCGGACGCAGCUGAAGCAGCUGAAGGUGCUGGGUGUCGAGGCGGCGGACGCGGUGGCGGGGGCGGCGGGCGGGAGCGGGGGGUCGCCGAACACGCUGCGGCGGCUGGCGGCGGAGAGGAGCAUGGAGGAGGUGGUGGGGAGGACGUAG